CGCCCUCCUCGAAGCUCGAGGGUGCUGCGUGAGCCAUCGGGGCUGCGGUCCCCUGCCUCGGUUCUUCGCGCGGUCUUUGUCCGCCGCUUUGUUCUCGCCGCACUGGCGUCGUCUUCGCCUCCAUCUCCGCCCGCCCCGCGCGCCCGGGCCCUGCCCGCCAUGGUCACCCGGCCCGAGCCUGAGGUCGAGGCCAUGGAUGCUGAGCUGGCCGUGGCGCCGCCGGGCUGCUCGCAUCUGGGCAGCUUCAAGGUGGACAACUGGAAGCAAAACCUGCGGGCCAUCUACCAGUGCUUCGUGUGGAGCGGGACGGCCGAGGCCCGCAAGCGUAAGGCAAAGUCCUGCGUCUGCCAUGUCUGCGGCAUCCACCUGAACCGGCUGCACUCUUGCCUCUACUGCGUCUUCUUUGGCUGUUUCACCAAGAAACACAUCCAUGACCAUGCAAAGUCAAAGCGGCACAACCUGGCUAUUGACCUGAUGUAUGGUGGUAUAUACUGCUUCUUGUGUCAGGACUACAUCUAUGACAAGGACAUAGAAAUCAUUGCCAAAGAGGAGCAACGCAAGGCUUGGAAGAUGCAAGGUGUUGGAGAGAAGUUUUCAACUUGGGAACCAACCAAGCGGGAACUGGAACUGCUGAAGCACAACCCAAAGAGGCGGAAAAUCACCUCCAACUGUACCAUAGGUCUGCGUGGACUGAUCAACCUGGGGAACACAUGCUUUAUGAAUUGCAUCGUGCAGGCGCUGACCCACACACCACUUCUGAGAGAUUUCUUCCUGUCAGACAGGCACCGCUGUGAGAUGCAGAGCCCCAGCUCCUGCCUGGUCUGUGAGAUGUCCUCUCUCUUCCAGGAGUUUUACUCGGGGCACCGCUCCCCACACAUUCCGUACAAGCUGCUGCACCUGGUGUGGACACAUGCCCGGCACCUGGCGGGUUAUGAACAGCAGGACGCACAUGAAUUCCUCAUUGCAGCCCUGGACGUCCUUCACCGGCACUGCAAAGGUGAUGACAAUGGGAAGAAAGCCAACAACCCUAACCACUGCAAUUGUAUCAUUGACCAAAUCUUUACGGGUGGACUCCAGUCUGAUGUCACAUGUCAAGUCUGCCACGGGGUCUCCACCACCAUAGACCCCUUCUGGGACAUCAGUUUAGACCUGCCCGGUUCUUCCACCCCAUUCUGGCCCUUGAGCCCAGGGAGUGAGGGCAGUGUGGUUAACGGGGAGAGCCAUGCAUCAGGCACCACCACUCUCACAGACUGCCUGCGAAGAUUUACCAGACCGGAGCACUUAGGAAGCAGUGCCAAGAUCAAGUGUAGUGGUUGUCAUAGCUACCAAGAGUCCACAAAGCAGCUCACCAUGAAGAAGCUGCCCAUUGUGGCCUGCUUCCAUCUCAAACGAUUUGAACACUCAGCCAAACUUCGGCGGAAGAUCACCACAUACGUGUCUUUUCCCCUGGAACUGGACAUGACUCCCUUUAUGGCCUCCAGCAAAGAGAGCCGGAUGAAUGGGCAGUACCAGCAGCCCCUGGACAGUCUCAACAAUGACAACAAGUACUCCCUGUUUGCUGUUGUUAACCAUCAAGGGACCUUGGAGAGUGGCCACUACACCAGCUUCAUACGGCAGCACAAAGACCAGUGGUUCAAGUGUGAUGAUGCCAUUAUCACCAAGGCCAGCAUCAAGGAUGUGCUGGACAGUGAAGGGUACCUGCUCUUCUACCACAAGCAGUUCCUGGAGUAUGAGUAGCCUCCUGCCCUGCUGGCCGGGAAAAGAGAAAGAGAGAACAAGUUGGCAAGCUUCCCGACAUGAUCCCUGGUCUCCCCACAUCAGAACACCGUGGUAUCCCUCCUGUGCAGAUGUGCCUCACACAUGGCCCCUCUGCACCAGGAGAUGUUAGGGUGGGCAUGAGCUGUAAGACUUGAGUGGAGUGUGCCCUUGGUGGACAAGAGCCAAGGGGCCACGUCUUCUCAACUUGUUGUAUGCUGAGGGCGGAUGUCCUCAGAGCAGACCAGCCUCUGCCUGGUGCUUCAUCUGUCACCCCACACGGGUUUAAAAAGCACUGUGCUGUUGAAAAUGAAAAUGAGCCCGUGAAAGCUGUAGAGUAGCAGAGGUGAAGCCAGAGGGCAGAGUGCUUGCUGUGUUGGGUGGCAUUAAGGGCAGGGGUGUGUCCUUUCUAAGGUUGUAAAAUAGCCCUGGGCCCAGGUUGAGGCCACCCACAGGCUUAAAACAUACAGAUAACUUUGUAUCAACUAACUGCAUGUGGAAACACCAGCCCAGAAGUCCCCUUUGUUUUCUAGAAAUAGGCCUCGUCUUACCUCUACCCUUUGCUCUUCUUCCACGCUAGUGAAUUUCAUAAACGUGAUAGCAGUGAAGUGAAUGAUUAUCAAGUUUAUAUGGAAAGCUAGGUGACCUUUCCAGAGAGCAGAAUGUCUUGCUUUUUGAUCAGUGUUGUUUCCUCACCCUGUACCCCGCCUGCCUCCCCACACAGUUAGCUGGUGGCCAGGCAUGGGGAACAGGGUCUCUGUUAUCUUGGUCUUUGGUCCUUUUGCCUGUCCGGGUGGUUUAGUGGAGGAGUGAGAUUUGAAGCUGAGUGCUCCAGGCUUUGUGUCGCCCGCCCGCUUCCCUCUGCUCUGUUCGCUGUAGUUUCAGUAAAGACCAGAAUGAAAGGGCUUGAUGACCAGUUCUGCUGACAGAGUCAAUCAUGAAAUUUCUUGUAAGAUAUUUUGCAUGUGUCUUUGGACAAGGCUUAGGUUGAAUAUUUCUAAGAAGUUAAAAUCUAGGGUCUUAGUGUUUCUCUUUAUAGCACUGCCUUUUUAGUGGUGCUUGCCUAGGGGCCUGCGGCACAUCACCCCAGGAGUUUCAGGGCCGCCAGGCUCUGAGCUGUAGUCUAUAGCAGGUAUCUUAUGCAUCAUUCGUGCACAGCAAGUACAGCUCUAUUCCGAUUGUCCUUUAUUUACACACCUUAAAUUUGAAUUCCAUAUACUUAUCAUGUGUACAGAAUUUUUUUUUUAACUAUUUGAAAAUAAGACAUUUCUUUACUGACAGGCUACAAAAAAGCAGGGCAGGUUCAGCCCAGCUCCUUAGCUAGUUGUGACGGGAUGAGGUAGCUGUGGCAGAACUCAGUGGCCGCUGUCCAGUUAGUGUAAAGAUCACUAGGAGUCAGGGGCAGCUGAAGCCUCCUGUGCAGUGUACCCGUGUUCCUAUUUCUACGUUUAAAGCAAAGAACAAACUUGAAGCAUGUUUUUGAGAAAUGUGGGUGAACCCAGAUUCUCAGACAGGACCUGUGUGGGGGACUCAACUGUGGAGGUACCCUUGGGGAAUCUAUUCUUCUGUUUGUGAACCCCCAUAGGAAACACUUCACUGUGGUUGGCCUAGAGGAACCAGAGCCCAAACCUCUUCCUGAAGGUCUGCCUCUUUGACACUGGUGGAUGGGGCAUCCAGAGACAGAGGAAAUGAGCAGGUGUGCUGGCCAGGCCUGCUUCCUCUGUCACCACAGCACACAGCCCAUCUCUACCUGAAUUUGGGGCACUGAGGAGGACAAAACCUGUUUUCUGCCACAGUGACUUUAACCUUUUAUAUCCAGAUGCAUUCCCCUUCUUUACCGUGGGCUUAACAUUCUAAGCACUUUGCUUUGUGCCUGCGGCAAGGAGGCCAACCAACUCCUUGACUGCCGCACGUCUGUCUGGCCCUACCUCUGUGUCUUGGGACCUUCAGCAUGCUGUCUCAGUCAGACAGGCAUGUGUGGACAGCUGAGGAGCAGAUUGGAGCAGUGGGCUUGGGAAGGUCUUUCAGUUACCCCUUUGGAUAGCAGGGCAGGAAAAGGGUUUCCCAUCCAAGGACCAUCCAGUAUAGGUGCCCAGAUGGUUGGGAAGUGUGUGUGACCACAGGACUGCGUUACCCAGCCCCCGUCUAGAGCGUGAGCAGACCUCUUCUAUGACCACUGGUACCAGCCUCACAGGAGACCAAACUAGCUCUCUUCAGGUGUCUUCAAUUCAGGAGGUGGGGUGGGAUCUGCAAUUCCUCUCUUCAUCCCAGGAGUCCCCCCUCAAGCUGGGCUCUGGCCUGAGCGACCUACACCAUGUGAACCUGAGUGCUCUUGUGUUUGGCUUGGUAUGUAUGCUUUUCCUUGUGUAAAAUCAUUGUUCUUUUUGACAAGUGGCUUGUUUCAUUUAUUAUAGCUUUGAAAUAAAAUGUAAGGGGAAAAAAUCCAA